GCGAAACACAAACGCACAAGCAUAGUUAUGCUAUGCCUAAACAACGUUAAGCUGUAAGGAAGGCCAUACGUAAAAGGAAAAAAAAAAAAAAAAAAAAACUUCAAGCGAAGAUACGCAUAUGUACGGAUAUAUCACUAUUCAGAAGCCCUUACUGUUCCUUCACUUUGUUAUUUUUCCCAUUGGCUCGUUCGAGGAGGCAUACCUUAUAUCUCCCCCGCUGACGCGCUUAAGAAAUAAGUACUUACAGGUGCUCGCUAGGAAAACGAGUCACCAAGCGUGAACUGAGAAGGCUGAAAAAGCUGAGCAAGCAGGCACUUUUUUAUAGUAGUGGCUCACCCUUCGCACAUACGGCUGGAGAGAAUCGCACCGUUGCCGCCGCAUCCUUUUGACCUGAUAUAUCCCCCCCUUUCGAAUCGAAAAAAUGUUCUCAACCAGGAGCGAGUACGACCGGGGAGUAAACACCUUUUCGCCGGAGGGCAGACUUUUUCAAGUGGAGUACGCGCUGGGCGCUAUAAAGCUGGGCAGCACGGCAGUCGGCAUCUGCGUGAACGAUGGAGUCAUCCUUGCCUCGGAGAGAAGAAUCGCGUCCGCGUUAAUAGAAAAAGAUUCAGUGGAGAAGCUGCUGCCGAUAGAUGACCACAUAGGGUGUGCCAUGAGUGGACUCAUGGCGGACGCAAGGACGCUCAUAGACUACGCAAGGGUUGAGUGUAAUCAUUACAAAUUUAUAUAUAACGAAAAUAUAAACAUAAAAUCCUGUGUGGAAUUAAUAUCCGAGCUAGCAUUAGAUUUUUCCAAUCUGUCAGACAAUAAGAGGAAGAAAAUUAUGAGCAGACCAUUUGGAGUUGCCUUACUGAUAGGAGGAGUCGAUAAGAAUGGCCCUUGUCUUUGGUACACGGAGCCUUCUGGAACGAACACGAGAUUUUUAGCUGCUUCCAUUGGGUCUGCUCAGGAAGGGGCCGAACUACUGCUGCAAGAAAAUUACAACAAAGAUAUGACCUUUGAGGAAGCUGAGAUUUUGGCGCUCACCGUUUUGAGGCAGGUGAUGGAGGAUAAGCUGUCUUCCUCCAACGUGGAAAUUGCCGCCGUUAAGAAAUCCGACCAGACGUUUUACAAGUACAAGACGGAGGACAUCUCCAGGAUCAUCGAGGCGCUGCCCUCGCCCAUCUACCCGACGAUCGACAUGACGGCUUAG